AUGCCCAAGAGAAUACUUUAAUAACUCUUUCAAAGUAUCUUAGGAAAGAAUUAGUCUUUAAGAUAGAAUUAAAAACUAAAGAACUCUUGUAUUUAAUAGAGAAAUCUUUGUUUUCUAUUUCAUUCAGAAAUUCGAGGAGCUCAUAGGAAAUAAUUGUAAAAUAUUUGA